GCAGUGAGGAUGGCCAGCAACUCCAGUGCACUGCCCCGGGUGACUUUCCAGACACCAGAGAAACCUGGGGAGGAAUCAUCACACAGGAAACUGGGCAAGUUGACCAUAAAGUACAACCGCAAGGACCUACAGCGCUGGCUAGACCUGGAGGAAUGGAUCAAUGCCCAGCUGCAGGAGCUGUACCAAUGCCGGCUAAGGGAGGAAACAGAAGCAGCAGCUCCUGAACCACAAAUUGAUCUUGAAGAUCUCCUGGAGGUCCCUAAUGAAGAACAGAAAUUAAAACUACAGGAAAUCCUCCAUGAGUGCUCCAGCCCCACAGAGGACUUCAUUACGGAAUUGCUUAGUCGAUUGAGAGGUCUCCGGAGAGUCACCAAUCCUCAGAAGAAAUGACCUUGCUCACAUGGAGAGCCCAGCUUUGGUUAUAAGGAAAUGUGUAUCUUCCUCACAAAAACCAGGAUCAGCAACAGAACUUCUGAAUAUGUUUAGGACUUAUUAUCAUUGAGAAACAUCACCAAGUUUGUGAACUUUGUACCAGUGGU